GACACGAUCCGACCCGGAUCCCCAGGCAUAAAAGGCCUGGGCUUCCGUAGGUCGUAGCUUCGUGUUCCUUCCAAAUAUUCCGCAGCUUAAGGAAGCGAACUCACCCCGAGACUGAAAAUGGCGAUGAGAUCCUUGGUGGGGCGAUCGAGCGUGAACCGGCUCAUGGAGACGACUCGCGGCGCGGCUCGGAGAUUCAGCGACGGCAAGGGGCGGGUCCUCAGCGAGGAGGAACGCGCCGCCGAGAACGUCUACAUCCAGAAAAUGGAGCGGGAGAGGAUGGAGAAACUGAAGAAGAAGGCCGAGCAAGAAAAGGCAGCAAAAGAUAAGGAGACCGCUGAGAAGAAACCUGAAGGAGCUCAGAGCAGCUGAAAAGGCCAAUCUCCACUAGCAGAUGAAGUUCGUGAAGUUUGUGUGUUUGUCUUAACCACCAAGAAUAAAUGUGUGGCUCCUCCCUGGGAGCUCUCCGUGUACAGUGAAGGAGUCGUGUCAGUUUAGUCUCUCAACACUUUGUGUGCAUCUUCUAACGCGUAAGGGAUCUGCAUGCACUCUUGUUUUAAUCUGAUCUUUCGUUAAUUUCCUCAUUUGCUUUCCGUUUCUCAGCUUUGAUACUAACUCAAAUUCGCGUUUGUUUUUGGGGCAAUAAUCUGCAUCUCUGCAACUUGUUUGCUUUCUGGGUCA